GUUCAACACUCAUCAAAACAGGCGGACUCCAGCACUAGAGAAUGACAGCUGUGGAGUCUAAGAGGCCUCUGUCAGACCGUCGCAAGGAGAGGUCUCGUGAGGCAGCACGCUUUCGCCGCAGUAAGGAGACAGAGCUCUUCACUCAGCUGGCCGAUCAGUUGCCCCUACCGGAGAGUGUCAGAGGACACCUGGACAAAGCCUCCAUCAUGAGACUGGCCCUCAGCUACCUGCGUACUCGUAGACUCCUCAGUACAGGGUACCCUAACAAACCAAUAGGAGAUGGCAGACAGGAGAAUCAGCUCUCCCUGCAGUCCCUGGAGGCAUUUCUUCUGGUGAUAACGUCAGCUGGUGACAUGGUCUAUGUCACAGACAACAUCAGCAAGUUCAUGGGCUUGUCUCAGGUGGAUCUAAUAGGACAUAGUAUCUAUGAUUUUACACACCCCUGUGACCAUGGUGAAAUUCAUGAAAACCUCAGUAUGAGAGGGUCUUCUUUUGGCCUGAAGCGUGGGGGAAGUCUGACAGAGAGAGAUUUCUUCCUAAGGAUGAAGUGUACUGUGACAAACAGAGGACGCACUGUCAAUUUGAAAUCGGCCAACUGGAAGGUAUUACACUGCACAGGGCACCUGAAGAUGUCCAGCUACAGCCCCACCUUCUCUGCGGAGUGUCCAGCGCUGGUGUGUGCGAUGCUCCUGUGUGAGCCCAUCCCUCUGCCACCCAGCCCAGACACGCCCGUCAGCAGCCACAUGUUCAUCAGCCAGCACAGCUUGGACAUGAGGUUCAUCACCUGCGACAACAGAGUAAUCGGUUUGCUGGGGUACCAGCCAGAGGAACUUUCUAAGUGCUCAGUGUAUGAUCUCUACCAUCCCCUGGAUGCUACAAAUAUGGCCAGAAGCCAUCGGAUCUUGUGUAUCAUGGGGCAGGUGGUGAGUGGGCCCUACCGGCUGCUGGCCAAGCAGGGAGGCUACGUGUGGGUGGAGACCCAGGCCACAGUGCGCCCCCUCAGCCCCAACAACCAGUCACACAUCGUAUGCCUCAACACUGUCCUGAGCAACAUAGAGGAGCGUUGGGUCGCUUUUUCUUUCGAGCAGACGAAGGCCGCUCAGAAAGAGGGGUGUCGGACAGACAGCCCUGUGUCCAGCAGGCUGAAGCAGGAGUCAGCGGCACUGCCCCGAACAACAGAGGCGAGCCUGGGCUACUUCCAGUGUGAAUCCCUGCAGUUCACCCCUCUGCGGUCGGUGUGCCCUCCCACUCUUAUCUCACCAUACAUGCGCACAUGAGCUCUUGCCAGGCACAUGGCAUGCCUGCCUACAACCACCUCUACCUCAAUAGUUACAAUAGUUACAACAGUUACUUUCAUAUGCACAGAGUGCAGCCCAAAACGCUCAUGCAUAAGACAAUGACACACAAGACAAAAGAUGACGGACAGAAUACAGGCGUAGUUGCAAGCAUGUGCGUGACACCAAGACAAACAAUUUCACAAAAAAAUAAAAUGAACAACCCCCCCCCCAAAUAAACAAACAAACAAAAAAAAAACAUUGCCAUUGCUCUCUUGGUAUUUAGCAUCUUGAGCAGCAUUGUGGUCCUGAACAGUCCAUACCAAGUCAGGUGCUCUUGAGCAUUUUUCAGGCAGGCUCUUCAAAAGUGACAGAUCCUCCAUCAUGAGCGUAGAAACAUUCACACCUCCAUCCACACCAGUCAGACGCUUGUUAAUGCAGUUAGGUAGAAUGACCAGUAUCAAUCACGUCAGUAUUAGAUCCCAGCAGAGGCCACCAGUGUAACUAAUAGUUAGUGUAGACCUCGCCUACACAAGAGAACCAAAUCUGCCAUCUUUGCCCAUAUAAGGAGAUCCGGGUGUUAAUUGAAGCUAACUACCUAUGAAGCUAACUACCUAACUACUUCUUUGUCCCUGCGAGAGUUUAACAGGUUUGAAAAUUAAAAAUACCUGUGUUAUUUUCCCAUAGGAAAAAUCGCAAGAUACCAGAUCUUAAAGAUGGCAGCUUUUUUAUAGGCCUAUUGGGGGUCUAUGGCCACGUUUUAAAAUAAUAAUAACUCAUUAAAAUGAGCUAUUUUUCACAGACAGCUGAUGGUCAGACACCUUUUAAGCAUGAUAUAUUACAUGCAUACCUAAAGAUGUUAGUUAUCAAGUGGUAUCUUAGAGAUUUCCUGCCACUCAUUGUAAGCACAACGUGUGCCACAUCAGGAAGUCACACCUACUGCAGAAUGUUGGGUACUUUCUGUCCAUGUCCAAUUACC